AUGGCCGAUAUUCCAUUCCGGCCGCUCAACGUCAUUCCUGGAAUUGAUCCAGCUACACCAGUAACUUGUGUGAAAUUUGAUCCUCACCAUGAACUUGUCUGGACUGCAAAUGAAAAUGGAUAUGUUUCGUCAUAUUAUGGAUCUGGGCUACAGCGUUACUCCAGUUAUAAGGCACACAAAGGGUCUGUUAGACAGAUAAUGAUUUUAGAUCGCGGUAUCGUCUCAAUUGCCAAGGAUAGCAUACAUUUGUCAAACAGACGUGGAUUGGCCAGCUGGAACUUGACGCAAGUUUAUUUCAAUUUUUUUUAUUUUCUUAUUCUUAGUGAUGACGGGGCACGGGAUUUGCAUUCGAUGGCUCUCAUGGGUAAUGCAGAAAUUGUUGUAGCUGGUCAACAGGACAAAAUUCUUACGAUCAAUAUGAUCCGAGGCACGAUUACCAAGACGGUCGAUACAGAGUCUGAGAUUGUUGUCAUGAAGAAAUCUAGGUUGCUAGUUUGCGGAUCGACUCGUGGCGAUUUGAUCUUACACGACCCGCGUACACUUGCAGUAGAACACCGAAUACAGGCGCAUACAGGAACAAUCUCUGAUCUAGAUGUGUCUGGAAAUCUUAUUGUAACAUGCGGAUUCUCAGAGCGUCAAGGCACUUUAAUUAUUGACCCUUUAGUCAAGGUCUACGAUAUGAGAACAAUGCGCUCGCUGGCUCCAAUCCCUUUUCCAAAUGGUCCUUCAUUCCUCAAAAUGCACCCGAAGCUUUCCACAACUGUAUGCAUUGCCUCACAAACAGGGCAGUUUCAAAUGUGCGACGUCGGCAAUUUUACAACUGGAAUUCAAUUCUACCAGAUCAACACUGCGAGCUAUGUCAACUGCUUCGAUAUAUCAUAUAGUGGUGAACUUGUGGCACUUGGCGACGCUAGCAAUGUUGUACACAUUUGGGGCGAUAAACAGGAGCCAAAAAUGAAUCAUUUUUCUAGUCCUAUUGAUGCACCCACAAUGCCUAUGCCUCCGACAAUUGCAGUGGGGGACAGCGACCCACUUUCUUCCAUCGGGAUGCCUUAUUAUCAGGAACAGUUACUGUCUGCAUGGCCACCAAAGACAAUAUACCCUGUUGGAAGGAAACCUCAGCCAAUACCGUCAUCGAUUCUGGACAACAUGAAGAUGAUUGACUUUGUGGGCUAUGCACCCAACCCUGGACUCAGGCUUAGGAACCAAGCACCAUCACUUCCCAAAGUUAAACUUCGUGAUACACCAAAGUUCCGAAGCGAACAACAGAAGGAGCUCUAUUUCGGUAAAAGAAAAGGCUCGACAGCUGCUAUGUUCGAUCACGACAAUGAGGAGGAUGUUGACCUGGCAACCGGUAUUGUCCCAAAAUAUUACAAACGCGUUGAGAUCAAAUACAGCAAAUUUGGUGUUGAAGACUUCGACUUUGGUUUCUACAAUAAGACCAAAUUUGGCGGCUUGGAAACACAUAUUGCCAAUUCAUACUGCAAUGCACUUUUACAAGUUUUGUUUUUCACGCCUUUACUGAGGACACUCGCCAAGGCCCAUAUUGGUCAGAGCUGUCCAAGGGAAAACUGCUUGACCUGCGAGUUAGGUUUCUUGUUCCGUAUGCUUGAAGACUCUAAUGGUCAGAAUUGUCAAGCAAGGAAUUUCUUACGUGCAUUUAGCACCAUCCCGCAAGCUUCGGCACUUGGCCUCUUUGAACCAGACGAGCCUGAUACCAAGACCAUGUACUCGUCUUUAAUUCAAAACUUCAAUCGCUUUGUAUUGGAGCAGCUACAUCAAGAAUGUAGUUUAGACAGAGUUUCAGCCUCUGCAACGCUUAAUCCUCUCCCCGUGUCAGCUCUAUCACCAAUUCAACAGAUCUUCAGCAUAAAGACAUCAAGCACUAGUAUUUGUGGUCAUUGCGGGCUCGAGGAGGAAAGGGUUACCUAUCCUUUCGUGCUUGAUUUGUUGUGGCCUAAACCAACCAAAGAGAUCCAACAGCCCAUGUUAUUUUCAGAAAUCUUGAAGGCUUCCAUCUGCCGCGAAUCUCACAAUCGAGUUUGGUGUUCUCAGUGCCAGCAAUAUCAGCCUACUACGAAUAAGAAGACACUCCAGGAUCUUCCAUUGGUGCUCAGCAUUAACACAGCUCUCAAUCCUAAAGAACCUAACCCAGUUUCAUGCGGUGUUUUCCUGGACGAAAAUGGAAAGGGUUCACAAUGGCUCCCUUUACGGUAUGUAGAAGAACCUCUGUCGCCUAUUCAUUGCAGCGUCCACGUAUUUGAGAAUACAACUGCGGAUAGCUCAGAAUUUUCUUUGUGUGCCGAAUAUGAAUUGACUGCGGUAGUGAGUCAAGUUCAGCUUGCUAAUGAAGUAGCGCAUCUUGUAUCGCACAUCAAAGUGAACUCUGACAAUGAUCCCGAGCUCAUGGAGCGAUCGUCAUGGUACAUUUUUAAUGACUUCUUGGUCAAGAAUGUUCAAGACGGUGAAGUAUCGCAGUUCCCUAGUGCUUGGAAGGCACCAUCGAUUUUUUAUUACAAUAAAGUCAGCGGUGGGGAUCCACCUAUUAUUUCAGAGCCAGCCUCAGAGCUUGACACCAGCAUUCUCCAUGUUGAUCUCUCUAUCUCCAAAUACCGUGAUCCAAACUAUGUCUUCUAUCAGCUGCUGAGGCCUGAAGAGAUCAAGCCUGGGCAACCGAUGCUAAUUGCAAUCGACACUGAGUUCGUUGCGCUAAGUCGAGAAGAAACUGAGAUUAGGAGUGAUGGUACAAAAUCUCUUCUUCGACCACCAAGAAUGAGUCUUGCGCGAGUGUCUGUUCUUCGGGGAGACGAAGGGCCGCUUGAAUACAUGCCCUUCAUAGAUGAUUAUAUUGCGACUUCAGAACCUGUAGUCGAUUACCUUACCGAAUUUUCUGGCAUACAACCUGGUGACCUAGAUCCUAAUGUGUCAAAGCACACACUUGUGCCAUUGAAAGUCGCAUACAAGCGACUUCGUGUUUUGGUCGAUAUGGGCUGCAUAUUUGUUGGACACGGCUUGAGACAAGACUUUCGUAUAAUCAACAUCCUUGUACCUCCAGAACAAGUCAAGGAUACAGUAGAUAUUUUUCAUAUCAAGAACAGACAGAGAAAAAUUUCAUUACGUUUCUUGGUGUGGUAUCUUCUUCAUCAAGAUAUUCAGUCUGAAACACACAACUCCAUUGAGGAUGCCCGUACAGCCCUAGCGCUUUAUAAAAAACAUUUAGAGCUAAAGGAAAGCGGUCUCUUUCAAGAAGUUUUGGAGGAUAUCUAUAAUGAAGGUCGUAAAACAAAUUGGAAGCCC